GAGUGCUGGCAGUACAAUGACAGUUUUCCUUUCCUUUGCUUUCCUCGCUGCCAUUCUGACUCACAUAGGGUGCAGCAACCAGCGCCGAAGUCCAGAAAACGGUGGGAGAAGAUAUAACCGGAUUCAACAUGGGCAAUGUGCCUACACUUUCAUUCUUCCAGAACACGACGGGAACUGUCGUGAGAGUACGACAGACCAGUACAACACAAACGCUCUGCAGAGAGAUGCUCCACACGUGGAACCGGAUUUCUCUUCCCAGAAACUUCAACAUCUGGAGCAUGUGAUGGAAAAUUAUACUCAGUGGCUGCAAAAAAUUGAGAAUUACAUUGUGGAAAAUAUGAAGUCGGAGAUGGCCCAGAUACAGCAGAAUGCAGUUCAGAACCACACGGCCACCAUGCUCGAGAUAGGAACCAGCCUCCUCUCUCAGACUGCAGAGCAGACCAGAAAGCUGACAGAUGUUGAGACCCAGGUACUAAAUCAAACUUCUCGACUUGAAAUACAACUGCUAGAGAAUUCAUUAUCAACAUACAAGCUAGAGAAGCAGCUUCUUCAACAGACAAAUGAAAUCCUAAAGAUUCAUGAGAAAAACAGUUUAUUAGAACAUAAAAUCUUAGAAAUGGAGGGAAAGCACAAGGAAGAGUUGGACACCUUAAAAGAAGAGAGAGAAAAUCUUCAAGUCUUGGUUACUCGCCAAACAUACAUAAUCCAGGAACUGGAGAAACAAUUGAACAGAGCCACCAACAACAAUAGUGUCCUUCAGAAGCAGCAACUGGAGCUGAUGGACACAGUGCAUAACCUCGUCAACCUUUGCACUAAAGAAGUUUUACUAAAGGGAGGAAAAAAAGAGGAAGAGAAACCAUUUAGAGACUGUGCAGAUGUAUAUCAAGCUGGUUUUAAUAAAAGUGGAAUCUACACUAUUUAUAUUAAUAAUAUGCCAGAACCCAAAAAGGUAUUUUGCAAUAUGGAUCUUACUGGGGGAGGUUGGACUGUAAUACAACAUCGUGAAGAUGGAAGUCUAGAUUUCCAAAGAGGUUGGAAAGAAUAUAAAAUGGGUUUUGGAAAUCCCUCUGGUGAAUAUUGGCUGGGGAAUGAGUUUAUUUUUGCCAUUACCAGUCAGAGGCAGUACACACUAAGAAUUGAGUUAAUGGACUGGGAAGGAAACCGAGCCUAUUCACAAUAUGACAGAUUCCACAUAGGAAACGAAAAGCAGAACUACAGGUUGUAUUUAAAGGGUCACACUGGGACAGCAGGAAAACAGAGCAGCCUGAUCUUACAUGGUGCUGAUUUCAGCACUAAAGAUGCAGAUAAUGACAACUGUAUGUGCAAAUGUGCCCUCAUGCUAACAGGAGGCUGGUGGUUUGAUGCUUGUGGCCCAUCCAAUCUAAAUGGAAUGUUCUACACUGCUGGACAAAACCAUGGAAAACUGAAUGGGAUUAAGUGGCACUACUUCAAAGGGCCCAGUUACUCCUUACGUUCCACAACUAUGAUGAUUCGACCUUUGGACUUUUGAAGGCAUAAUUAUCAAAAGCAAUAAUAAAAGCAACAAAUAAAUCUGAAGA